UACCGAUAGACCAACAUUCACUAAACAUCCGUUGACUGAUAAGCAUCAUAUUUUCCAGUGCCGGAAAACCGUUGGCGAACGCACUAGUGUCAAAAUGUUCAAGUUACACGUGUUUUGUGCCAUUUUCCUGUUUGCGCUCCUAAGCUGGACCACAGCACAACCAGUGAAGGAACAGGAAGUUGAGGAUUUAAUUUACAAACUGCAACAACUCAAACAACUAAAUGAUGUUUCUCAGGUAUCUCCAACGGAUCAACACAUAAGCAGUGGUGGAGAAAAGGAAAGAAGCCACCUCGCUUCGGGCACCAGCUCUGGAAGCUCGAUGAAAACCAAGCGAUCGCUGAACAACUCGGACCGGCGCACCCUCCUGUACAACUACUACGCCCGUGGGCUCGCUCCGAUGUACGACAAGCGUAACUUCGACGAAAUCGAUCGCUACUCCACAUUCGGUGGCAAACGCAACAACGAGUUCAAACGCAACUUCGACGAGAUCGAUCAGUGGGCAGGAUUUAACUCGCGUCUGAGGCCCAGCAUGUCCGGCUACGGAAAACGCAACUUUGACGAAAUCGAUCGAUACGGCAAGUUCAACAAGCGGCUCUUCCGAGGGGUUGAAGGUGUGGAUGAAGCCUCACCGAAUGGAUUCCAGCAUGGCAGCAGCCUCGCGGACGAGAUGGCCGUUAUCAACGAGUAUUCACAGUAAAGUAUCAGAUGGAUGAACCGACACCAUAGUUAGGCGGUGAUGUAAACAUAAUAAAAUACAGUUCGUUGAAGUUCUCCCAGAAUUUGAUUCUGAAUAAAAAUGAGGUUUGGCAAAAAAAUGGUUGAAUAAGUGUAUAUUAAUGAAAGCGUACACGACGCGAUAAUCAUUGGCUCAGUAUUAGUACAUAAGCAGUAUUAAACUUGAUAUAUGUAUAGGCAAUUGGCAAGGGUAAAUGCAAUAAUCAGAAAUCUUAUUUUACGAAGUGGAAGUUGUUGGUUAAACUAUAAAAUGUGUAUGAUCGAUUCAAAGACUAAAAGAAAACAUAACAACAAACAAAUUGAAAUUUAUCUGAAAAUAAAAGCAAAUUCUCGGAUCAAACCGA